AGAGGAGAUACGUGAGGAAGCAGAGGAGGAGAGUCUCAUGCGUGGACGAAUCAGUCACCGAUUGCGCAUCGUUGAAACGAUCGGCGCUCCGUAGGUUCGCGCCAGUCGGUGCCCUUGCCACUCUCGCGGAAAAGCGCACACUGAAACGGGCGACGCGCCAGCGCCCGGUGUUUAUUCAGCGCCCGGUCCACGUCCGUUGACGGUCUCUGUGUUUCGAGAGAAGCACGCGCAGACCUCAAAACUACACGACGACGCCGCUGCUACUACUACUGGCUACCGAUCGGCCUCUCUCGUCGUCGCCGACGAGUCCGCCACCGUUGCUCCACCGGCCCGGGCCUACCACUAGCCCUGAGUCAUCGUCGGAAGACAUGGGGCCCGUCCACAUACUCGAGCAGCCGCACCUGAUCUGGGGACGCGAGAUGCCACUGGCGAGGACGCCGCUCUGCCAAGCAGCCGAGUCGGACGUUUCGGACGACAGUCCCGUGGCGGCGCUGGACAUGUCCCUCGCGGCGUCCCGACCCUCGCCAUCGCCUCCGCUGUCCCAGAGCCCGACUCCCUCGUCGUCCCUCCUCCUGGCGUCCAGCGCAGCGGCCGCCAUGAGCGUGGCCAGCCUGACGGGCGGCGCCCACCCGAAGAAGUCGCCGCAGCCCAUUCCGGCCGAGUGCAAGGACGAGGCGUACUGGGAGCGCCGCAAGCGCAACAACGAGUCCGCCAAGCGCUCGCGGGAGCUGCGGCGCAUCAAGGAACAGCAGACGGCGCUGCGGGUGCUCUACCUGGAACAGGAGAACCUGCAGCUGCGCACCGAACUGACCAUGCUGCGCAGCGAAGUAGACAAGCUGAGGCAGCUCCUCUUCGUCGGCAAGCACCCCAGCUGACGAGAAGGCCUCCUCCGCUGGCGGGCAUGCUGAAUCAGUGGGCAAGGCCGUCGCCGAAUGACUUAGGUCAACCGAUCUCUCGGGCAGCAGCGACGUUGACGAAGAGGACAGGGGCAGCGUGCAAACGGCGUAGGAAGACGUCCUCCUUAUCUUGCACGCCGACCGCACUGUCUUCAUCAGACUAGUCCACGACGAGGGUUCUCUCUCGUCACCUUCGUGUGUCGGCAGCCCUACUCUUCCAAGUGCACACAUUAUUUGUUUUCUUCAUCUCUCCUGGACUCUCUAAGUGUGGAAGACGACCAGGCACCACUGGGAGAAGGCAGGUCCAUCCUACAGUAACACAAGACAGUGGCGAAGAAAAGUUUUCGGUAAAAAAGCGAUGGAAGAGAAUUAGUGCUAUUUAGUCUUGCACAACUUCUCCCUGCUGGCCUUCUAUCAUGUCAUAUUAAGCAUCCAGAUGGCCACAACCUCCCAGUAUUCUGCCACCAAAAAGAAAUGCAGGUCCAUGAACAAGCAUCUUGUUCCUCAGAAGUGGCACCAAAAUACAGCAUUUUCAAAGUUUUGCUCGUAAGAGUUCCCACUUUUACGGUGUCCCUGCUUGUGGUUUGCAGGCUAAGGUGUUGAUCUCGACUUCUGGUAGUUCAUAAUAAUAAGAAUAAAACAUGGCUGCAAUCGUGCAACUCUCAAGAAAAAAAAAAUGUAGACACUUGGUGGCAGUGGCAUAAAUUUGGCUCAAUCAAUCCAUACAGUCGUUCACCCCUAACAUAAGCUGCCACGAAAACUCGCUUCUCCACUUUUUUUUUCUAGAAGCACGCAGUGGUAGCUGCCACGAAAAUGUAAUAUAUUUUUCAAAGUAGGGAACUUAGAGUAAUAGACUGUGCACGCAAGCCCAAUCACACACCCUUCCCCAUCGUCCCCACACUCUUGUUUAUUUCUUCACUCUAUUAAUUUAUUUAAUUAUUCAUAAUACGGUUCGAAGCAAGACAGGGGCUAUAUGCAUUAUAGCUUUCCCUCUUCUCCGAUGACAUCGUCCAGAGUGCAUGUAAAAGAGAGAGGCUUUCGCGAAGUGCGUCUGCGAUACCCACUUCAAGAAUGUGCCCACAUCGAACGGUUCUGCCAGACUCUUCUGAAAAAGUUUGUAGAGAUGUAGGAGAACCGUGGUGACGACUGUGCGCACUCAUCGGUGACUUGAUGGACACAUGGACUGACAACGCGUGCACGGCGUAGAGAUUACUGAGCAACGAAUCUGUGAUCCACGACCAGUCCAGCAUUGUUCUCGAUAUGCCUCUUCUUUUUGUUUUUCAGUCGCGUUACUCUCCACUUUUUCUUUUUUUUUUUUGCGAUUGUAUAAGUUAUGAUGAAAGAGUGAACAAUUGCCGGCAUUGUGAUAAGAGAGUGUGUGAGCGACUGCUCGACUUGCAGCUCCCUUCAUGUUUCUCGACUUCUUUGUGUUCCAGUUAGCGUUUGUUUUCUUUUUCUUUUAUUGCUGAUGAGACUGUUAAGUUUUGUGUGUUCUUUUAUUAAAACAGAAGAUAAAAGAUGGAAUGACAGAGCCGCUUUUUAUUAUACUGUUACUUCGUCUUGCAUUUCCGUGUGAAAGCUGUUGGAAGCUAGCACACCGGUGUGAAGCUGAGGGGGUAAAAUAUGCAGACAGGCUUAGCCGCGAAGUGUUUAAAAUGAAAGCAAGUGGCCUGCAUCCACGAAUGACCAAAGAGUACCGCCUAACCUAACCAUCAUGGCCUUUUCAGCGAUGGCGGGUUCUCGUUAAGUUUUCGUGCACAACUGUUACGCACUUGCAAAAUGAUGUGUCAGCUAGAACGUGCUGCUGGAACGGACUUGUAAAUAAAAGACAAACUGUUUUUUCUGUUUACAACUU